AUGGGUAAGGACAAGUGCCAUCAACGGCAGUUCUUUACUACCGAAGAUAUUCUUCUUGACAGUACCUCCACCUUUCCAGAGCCAGAAGCCGAGCAUAAUGAAGCUAAUGAAGUAGAAUUUACAGAAGGGUCAGAAGAGGAGGCGUCGAGUGAAAAAGAAAAUGAAAAUAAGAAAACCAAAGGUGUUGAAGGCAUUAUUGAGAUUCAAAAUCCUAAUUUGGUCAAGCACAAGACGGCAUUGAAUGCUAGAGACAUUGACAUUGAAAAAACAACUGAACUGUCAAGGCGUGAAAGAGAAGAGAUAGAGAAACAGAGAAGCCAUGAUAGAUACAUGAAGUUGCAAGAACAGGGAAAAACUGAACAAGCAAGGAAAAAUUUAGAGCGCCUAGCGCUUAUACGACAACAAAGGGAGGAAGCUGCUAAAAAGAGAGCAGAAGAUGGUUCUACCCCGGAAGCUGCUAAAAAGAGAGAAGAAGAAAAAGCUGCCAGAGAACAGAACCGCAAACCAUUACUUAAGAAGUGA